AUGACAGACGCAAAUCAAGGUGCUAAGAUCAUACUCUACUGGCUAGAGGAGUCCCGUGCACAGCGCAUCCUCUGGCUCCUCGAAGAACUCAAUCUAUCCUAUGAGCUCAAGACCUUCAAGCGCGGAAGCGACAGGCUCGCCCCCGCUGAGCUGAAGGAGAUCCAUCCCCUUGGCAAAUCGCCCCUCCUCAGCAUCGAGACUCCCAAUGCCCCUAAACCACUGGUGCUGGCCGAGUCCGGGUUGAUUAUGGAGUAUCUGUGCGAUCAUUUCGGGGGUGACAAGCUUGUUCCCCAGCGGUAUGCUGUUGGUAAAGAAGGACAAACUGGUGGAGAGACCGAGGAGUGGAUGCGGUACCGUUACUACAUGCAUUACACGGAGGGCAGCUUUAUGCAAUAUCUGGUUCUGCAGUUGGUCAUGGAUGGCAUCAAAAACGCCCCCGUUCCGUUCUUCGUCAAGCCCUUGACGAACAUGGUGGCCUCCAAAGUGGAGCAGGCGCUUGUCACGCCGAAUUUGACUUCACACUUCAAAUUCCUAGAAGACCAGUUGAAGACAGCGCCUGGAGGCGGCUCUUACCUUUGCGGCAAAGAACUGACCGCGGCUGAUAUCAUGUUUUGCUUUCCCGUCAUCGCGGCAAUGAUCAAGUUGCCUUAUCUCCGAUCUCAGUACCCGGUUCUAGCGGAAUACGUGGAUAAGAUGCAGGAAUUGGAAGGCUAUAAGCGGGCUGUUGCCAAGGUUGAGGAAGUGGAAGGGUCGUUCACAGCUUAUUCCUGA